CGAUCGCCUAAGCACUCUGUGUUGCUCUGCCGAUGCGCAGCCAGCAGACUACAGCCUUUUCUCCCCUUCCACCCCAACCCCUCAAAAUUCUCAAUAAAUGUUUUAUUUAACAUGCUUUGCCGGAAGAAGAAGCCAUAUUUACAUAGAUCCAAUCUCAAACUCAUUUUCUUCAGUAGCUGAUGAAUGUUUUAAUGCUGGAUAGAUACACUGCAGCAGAAGCAGCUCACAGGACAAUUUCAAAGGAGCUUUCAAGGAAGCAGGGGAAAUGGCUGUUGCAAUACUGUUGCAGGCUUUUUUUGGAUUUGGUCUUGAAGACUGUUGAAGGCAUGGAUGAUCGGAGAGGAGGGUGUAUUGUGAAAGGAUAUGCUGUGUAUUAUACUGCCUGUAUUUAGAUAAGUGAUGUGAUUUAUAAUGCCAACGCCUCGGAUUGUGAGUUGUGCAGCAACAACAGCAGCCGCCGCUGUAGAAGGAGACGUAUAGUUUGCUUUAGAUGGCAAACAAAAACAUGGAUAAAACGGCAGGUUGUGCCAGGAUGCUGCUACGAAUGCAAGAGGAGAUGCUUUCAGCCGAAACAAAAGAAGCUUGAAAUUACCUUUCUCUGUUUGCAGAAAAGCGGAAACGUAGGAAUAAUGAUUAUUUUUUGCAAGCGUUAUCCACACGCGUAAUGCAUAUUUAAAAUAAAUACAUGUAAGCAUAUAAACUGGAAGGCUCGACUGAGGUUUGCCUAUUGUUACCGGUUUCUCUUCCCCUGGAUUACAACAUCUGGAUACUAUAUGACAUUUAAGAAAUGAGGCUUGGGAAUAUGAUGCGGUCAACAAACUCCGCUGUGAUCAAUGAUUUUUACAGAGGAAUAUCUAAUCCAAAUUAAUGACCCGCGUUUUGGCAUUAUUUUUGCUUUCCGCUUGCAUAAGAGCUUGCUUGCUGGCUGAUCAUUUUUUAAUCAAAGUAUUUAAAUUUCAUCUUGUACCUUCCAUUACAGGCUUUGCACUAAGAGUAGUACCACUGCCCCACCCACACCUCCACCUGCAUUUACCUUAAUUACUCCCUUGCCCUGUCUUUCCUUUUCUUUUUGGCAGUCCUUUAGACUAUUCCUUAUUUAUUUUUGUAAUUCUUUCGCAUUAAACCUGCUUGUGUAGUAUGGCAGUGCAUGUACAUAAAGGGCAUCACCUGCAAGCACUUAUUUGAUUGCAUCUGCUUUUUAAUUUUUCCCUUGCAUGUUUCAUGUUUGCAUUAAGCAGUAUGUUUUGUUUUGCAGUUGUUAUUGAUACAUAUUCAUUUAGAUGUUCUGCUGCCCAAGCAAACGUCUCCCUCCAUUCGGGAGAAUAAAAUACAUUCACGUAUACAUUUGAUCAGCUCUUGUUUGUUUGACUUUAAAUUUCUUUAUUUUGGGGGGGCCUUGCCAUUUAUUUCCGUUUUGGGGAAAAUACAAUACGACUUCAGCUGUAAAUGAUGUUCAAAUACCGGAUCCGUAUGUUUUUCAACGAGCUGAAGGUACUGGUGUUGAUGCGAUCCGGUUCCAGGCAGAGCGACCCCGACCCGGAGACCGAUAACAGGAGAAGGAGGUCAGGAUCUACAGCUAUGCGGGGGCUCGGGGUUGGCGGCUGCGGCUGGCCACCCUUCGCCGACUGCUCGUCCCGGGACGAUGAUGAGGAGUACUAUGGCGCCACUGCCGAGAUGCGGCCCCGAGGCUUGCAGGCCUUGGAACUGGAGAAGGACAGCGCCAAAGUGGUGCAGCAGCCGGGCCUGGACGCUGUGUCGCUGACUAGCAGCUUGGACAGUGGUAUGCGCACCCCGCAGUGCAGGAUCUGCUUCCAGGGACCAGAACAGGGAGAACUGCUGAGUCCAUGCCGGUGUGAUGGUUCCGUCCGCUGUACUCACCAACCUUGCCUCAUUCGGUGGAUAAGUGAGAGAGGUUCCUGGAGCUGUGAGCUCUGCUAUUUCAAAUACCAAGUUUUAGCCAUCAGUACAAAGAAUCCUUUACAGUGGCAGGCAAUCUCCUUGACAGUAAUUGAAAAAGUACAGAUAGCAGCCAUCAUCCUGGGCUCACUGUUCCUCAUUGCGAGUAUCUCCUGGCUAAUUUGGUCAUCACUCAGUCCCUCAGCAAAGUGGCAACGACAGGACCUGCUCUUCCAGAUCUGUUACGGCAUGUAUGGGUUUAUGGACAUAGUCUGCAUAGGCCUCAUUAUUCAUGAAGGAUCCUCAGUGUAUAGAAUCUUCAAGCGAUGGCAAGCUGUGAACCAGCAAUGGAAGGUGUUGAACUAUGACAAGGCCAAGGACCUAGGAGAACCUGUUGGUGGGACGUUAAAGUCUGGGGGACGAAACUCACGGACAAACAAUCACUCCACAAAUAAUGACAGGGGCACCAGGCGGACUCAGAGACUUAGAACUAUUUUAAACCAUCACUGUGGCUAUACAAUUCUACACAUCCUCAGCCACCUACGACCCAAUGAACAUAGGCACAGCUCAAACUCCAACAGGGAGGUGAUUAUGAGGGUGACAACUGUAUAAUAGAGAUCCCGAAGGGAUUCCAUAAUAAUGCAUUGCUUCUUUUAAAGAUCUCUGGAGGUAUAGAAGAAGCAAGUGGAAGUGGUGGUCUCAGCAGAAGAGGACUGAAGACCCCCAGUGGGACAUAGCAUGCCCAGUCAUGGGGCUUCCUGCUUUGACUUACUUUGGGAGGUAUAACCUCCCAAACUACCUAGGCCUGAUUCAGCUAUUUUUUACCUCAGUUACAAAUGUUAAAUGAAAAUAAAAGUAAAUUUAAUCCCCAAUCAGUAUUGCAAAGGACAAUGAAUGGAAAGGUGGAAAGGAUUUAACUUUUAUGAACUGCCAAUUAAAAAAAGGUGCAAUAAACAAAUUUUCAAGUCA